AUCAGGCGGUGCCAGCCCACCAUGCCGGUGGAGACCCUCCAAGCUAGCCGUGCCAUGAGCAGCGUCUCGGCCACGGCCCCCUUCACCUCCGCCAUGCCCUUCCGCAUCCUCCACAAGGGGCCCGAGUACUUCCGCCGGCCCCUAGUCAACAGCGGCGCCUCCCGGAAGCUCAGCGCGGUGGAACGUCUGGAGGCUGACAAGGCGAAGUACGUCAAGAGCCAGCAAGUGGCCACCACCAAGCAGGACCCCAUCCGGCCCCUGGUGCUCAAACAGCCGCUCUUCACCCCGGGGGUGAGGCGGGCCAUGUUCACCCCCAACCGCAAGACCCCUCAAGCAGGCCGGCGGGGAGAAGGCGGCACGCCCAAAUCCUCCCUCAACCUGGAAAUCCUCAACAACCUGAUCAAUUUUUGCGACAGCCCCCUGGCCUUCCCCAAGCCGGAGAUAAGCCCUUCGGAGCGUCCGUGGGCCUCCGAGGUCCAUAGCCGGAAUCUGGACAGCGUCCCCUCCACCCCCAAGAAGAAGGCCACGGCCGACAUGAGUAAGCUCUCCCAAAGCUCGGCGUCCUCCAAGCCGUCAAGCACCGUCGCCGUACGCCGGGUGGACGUACGGCCCUGCGGGCUGUUGCAGAACAGAGGUACCCCGACUAUCCAACUGUCUCCGCUCCCUGCUCCACCGGCGCCCCCCAAAAUCCUGCCUGCCACCCCUCUCAGCUGCCCGAGCCCUCGGGGGGAGCCGCGGACCGAGAGCGCAAAACGCCAAACCUUAUUGCACCGUUCCAAAUCGGACCUGAGUGACCGAUAUUCCCGAGCCACGGCCGACUUGGAGCGCUUCUUCAACUAUUGUGGCUUGGAUCCCGAGGACGUCGGAGACAUGGAGAUGGAGCGGUUCACUCGAGCCAGCUCGGAUAUUGUGUCCGUCAAGUUCCACAGCGUCAGCACCAGCAGUUCGGCCGGGACCCACUCCCGACGCAGCACCGUCACCUUGGAGAACAGGCAGGCCGAGCGCAUGCCGUACGGGAUCUCCAUCAUCGAACGCAACGCUCGGGUGAUCAAGUGGCUUUACGGACUCCGACAGGCCAGAGAAGUCCAGAAAGUUUCCAACGUAUAGCAGCCGUCGGUGAGGGGUGGGUGGGAACUCCAACGCUGAGGACGUCACCCAAGACGUUGAUUUCUGUUUUGCAAAUUUGCAGCUGGAGGAAAACAUUUGCCAAAACGGUGGUUUCCGGGACCGUGGGGCGGCACUUGGUUCUGCCCGCCUGGAGAUCCCUCGUGUCAUUUGAAUCUUAAAAUCCUUUCCAUCCUGGGGGGGGGUCAGGAUCACAUGGUGGUCACUUGCACUCUGUUCUCAAUUCGAGCGUGGUGUCCAAGAGGCAUGUCAAGAUGGACGAUGGAGAAAAAAAAAUGUAACUGUCUUGAGCUUGGCUGUUGGCUUGCAGACGUUUCCUGACCCAACUAGGUAAUAUCGUCAGUGCUAGAAGGGAGUGGGGUUUGUUCUCUCUUUAUGUACAAGUGGCUUGUCCUGUCUGUGUUGGUGGGAGUGGUCUUGGUGGUCUAGGCUGUUGUUUACGGUGGGGUCCUUGGUGCUCUCUGAGCUUGGUGGUUUUCUUGCAGACGUUUCGUUACCAGACUAGGUAACAUCAU